AUGAUUUACCCAUUAUUUGGUACCUCCCGUGUCCUUUCGGUCGCAAAUGGGGCCGAAGUGAGUCUUUUAGUGGGUUCGGCGAUUAAAAAGGUUGCAAGUGUCGAAGAACGGAUUGCGACGGGCAUUCUUUUGAGUUUUUUAAGUGGAAUUGUGCUCUUUUUGAUGGGUAUUUUUCGACUAGGCGUGAUUGCCGAUUUUUUUUCCCGACCGGUGAUGGGUGGGUUUUUAUCUGCAGGAGGUGUCUUGAUUAUGUUGUCUCAAGUGGCAAGUUGGUUGGGACUGGAUAUUAAAAGCAAAGAUUUACCUGUUUUGACGGUCGUGGAUUUGAUUCAAGAAAUUUCACAUGUGAAUGCACUAAGUUUUGCCGUUGGAGUCUUUUCAAUUGUUAUUCUUGUUGGGAUGAAUGAAUUGAAGCAAAAAGUCGUGAAAGAAUUGUUGAUUAUACAAGAAACAAUGGAAAAUCAAUUUGCUAUUGAGACAUCAAGAGCAUUAAAUCAAUUGUCGGGAAGAAUGAGAUUAACAAGUACAAUGCAAGAUAAUCUCAGUGAUGAAGAAAUGGAAGAGAAGGAAGAGAUUGUAAAUGAAGAUAAAGAAGAAGAAGAAGUUACAAGUUAUGGAAAUGAUAUUGAGUUGGGAAAUGUACCCAAGAAUAAGAAGAAGAAACAAUUAAAACAAAAUGACGAUGAAGUCGAAUUGGAAAAUAUGGCGGUCUCACCUUGUGGAACAAGAAUGCCGGUUAUACUUACUACAGGAUCAAUACGAUGUGACGAUUAUGUCUUGUCAUCUCCAUGGGCAUCUUCAGUACACAGCAAUCAAAAUCUUGGUGGUGUCGGAUUUUCAUUAUCAGAUGAAGAUUAUAUUACAAUUGAGAGACCCCUUGAUUUUGGUACUCGACCUGAUCGUGGAACACAUCGUUCCAAUUCGGAUGAAACAGGUUCGAUCCGAGUUUUGCCGAGAAUGAACCCAAGGCAACCUAAAGUGGAGAUACCUCGCCGUAUCUAUGAUGGUGACACGAAUCGUCAUGAUGAUGAUGCUGCUGAAGCAGAAGCUGAGGUUGAGAUGAAACGACGUGUUAAGGAGCUUGCGUCACCUGCAAAGUCCGAGACUGGGUCAGAGUCGGCUGAUCCGAGUACGGCACUGACGGGACGGAUGUUAGCAGCAUCGUCGACGUCAAUCCGUCUGUUGCGCUCGAAGAUGGCGGUGUUGAUUGCACUGAGGCUGAUGUGUGAUCUGGGUGCAUUCAUGGUGUGUCUGCUUGGUGGAAUAGUGGGUUAUCUGGCUCCAGAAGGCUCCUUGGCGCUUGCUGGAGACAUUCCAGGCGGUUACCCGUUGCCUAAAAGGCCAUGGUACGGGUUGAGCACUAGCAUCAUUGAGGCGGACCGCCUAUACCAUCUCUUUAUUGAUACACUAUCGAUUGCUAUCAUCUCGUACAUGUGCAGUGUUGCUAUGGCGAAGCGUCUGGCGAUUAAAGAAGGAUACCGGAUUCGACCAAACCAAGAGCUUAUCGCCCUAGGUUUCUCUAAUCUCGUUGGCUCCUUUUUCCAGGGGAUGCCCUCAACUGGCGGUCUUUCACGCACCGCUGUGAACAUGCAGAACGCGCGCACGCAGCUUGCGAGUGUGAUCACUGUACUUGUUGUGGUGAUGGUGCUGUACACGGCUACGUCAGCUUUAGCUUACCUGCCGAAAGCAAGCCUAGCUUCGAUUAUUAUCGUCGCCGGCUAUUCGCUCAUUGAAAUGAAAGAAGCAAAAUGGCUGUAUCGUGUCAAGCGGGACGAGUUUUACGUGUGGCUUGCAUCAUUCGUGCUUUCAUGUUUAUUAGGUGUGCUACCUGGGCUGAUCUCCUCCAUCUUUUGCUCCCUCAUCGCCGUGAUUUACAAAACUCGUCGGCCAAUUGUCUCUAUGCUGGGUGAGAUGAAAGAUGAGGAGACUAGUGAGACACGAAUUGUGGAUUUAGACUUGUAUCCGGACACAGCACGCCCAUUACCUGACGUCGUGGUGAUUCGAGUGGAAGGCGCGCUCUACUUUGCUAACUGUGAGUACAUCGAGCGCGUGGUGGAACGCGAGGUUCGUAAGCGCCACGAAACGGAUGUGGCUGUCCGCGGCGUAGUCAUUGACGCCGGCUCCAUCAUGGACUGGGACACCACAACAAUUCAGAUGAUGAAACAUUUGAAGUCAGAGCUGCGAGGGCAAGGCAUUAUGCUGGCUAUCGUGAACGCACGGGAUCGACUCCAGCUUCUACUUCAGAGCUCAGAGCUUCUUGUGGGCAUUGUGCAUAAUGACGCUCGCAUUGGAUUUAAGGAAGCCAUCACUGCCAUUCGUGAGGAAAAGAUGCCGUCAGAUGAAAAUCAGGUAUUAACGCGUUCGUCCAGAGUGCCAAGCAUCUAA